AUGUUUCCCAUUCACUCAGCACAAAUGACGUUCAGCAGCUUCAUGGCGAAGCGAUGGACUCGAAGGCGCCUUCAUCUCCUUAUUGCGUUUAUUCUGACUACUAUUUUCUACUUAUCCCUGUGUAGCUUCGAUCCCAUCAUACCGCUGAAGGCCGCGUUGCCAUAUUCUCGGUAUGGACAUAGGUCUCGUCACGGCAGCCAUGGAGGCAAACCAACAAAACCAUACGUUCCUCGGGCGGCUCGAAAAGACGAUAAUACCAUUGAAAUGGUGAUAGCUAGCAAGAAAAGUGAGAAUGUCACUUGGCUACACGACUACCUUCCAAACUGGAAGAAGAACAUAUACGUAGUGGAUAACAGUUCUGCCGACUUGACUGUUCCUCAAGAUAAAGGGAGGGAAGCGAUGGUAUUCUUAACAUACAUAAUUGACCGCUACGACUCACUUCCCGGCAACAUAUUCUUUCACCAUGCGCAGCGGUUUCAAUGGCACAAUGACGACCCCAACUACGACGCGCUCAACCUCCUACAACAGUUCCGUCUCGAUUACCUCAAGGAGGAAGGUUAUACCAACUUACGUUGUGACUGGGCUCUAGGCUGUCCCUCCGCUAUCAGACCCUGGGUCGAUGCCAUUGUAUUCCUACCCAACGAACACAUAUCAUCAAAACACGUCUACAAGAAAUCCUUUGAACAACUAUUCCCUGAUAAGAGCGUCCCAGAAACCGUAGGCGUUGCAUGCUGCUCGCAAUUUGCCGUGCGCCGAGAAAUAAUACAGCAACGCCCAAAGUCAGAUUACAUUCGUUAUCGGAAAUGGCUACUCGACACCGAACUCAGUGAUCAACUAAGCGGGCGCGUGUUCGAAUACUCAUGGCACAUAUUUCCUGCCUAA